AUGGACGCGUCGGAGAGCGCACAGGAGCUGCAGGUGCAGACGCAGGAGGUGACAAUGGAGGGGGAGACGCCGUCGCGGCAGGUGCGCGCGACGGUGGUUCAGGCGGCUACAGUGAUGUACAACACGCCUGCCACGCUGGACAAAGGUGAUUACUGCCACGCUGGACAGAGGCGAUCCGAGCGACUCCUGGCAGAGGCAGCACAGCUGGGCAGUCAGCUGGUGGUGUUCCCAGAGGCGUUCAUAGGCGGCUACCCCAGGGGGGCCAGCUUCGCCGAGCGAUUGCUGGCAGAAGCGGCACAGCUGGGCAGUCAGCUGGUGGUGUUCCCAGAGGCGUUCAUCGGCGGCUACCCCAGGGGGGCCAGCUCUCGCAUGCCUAAGGCGGCGCAGCUGGGCAGUCAGCUGGUGGUGUUCCCGGAGGCGUUCAUCGGCGGCUACCCCAGGGGGGCCAGCUUCGGAGUGCUGGUGGGGUCGCGCACGGACCGAGGCCGGGACGAGUUCAGACGCUACCAUGCCUCCGCCAUUGAUGUGCCGGGUCCCGAGGUGGCCCGCUUAACAGCAGCAGCAGCCAAGUAUGGAGUGUUUGUCGUCAUGGGGGCAAUCGAGCGGGCGGGCGGCACGCUCUACUGUUCCGUACUGUUCAUCGACCCGCGCCUGGGGCUGGUCGGGCGGCACAGGAAGACAGUGCCAACCGCUUUGGAGCGAGUGAUAUGGGGGUGUGGCGAUGGCAGCACGGCUGCUACGGUGGUGGACGCGGGGGGGGUGGGGCGGGAGUGGAGCUCUACUGUGCGCCAACAGCAGACUCUCGGCACUCCUGGCAAGCCACCGUGCACCACAUACCUCCUCCCUCCCUCCCCAUCCUUCCACUUGUUUCACUUCAUCCUCUCAGGAGUGGAGCUUUAUUGUGCGCCCACAGCAGAUUCCCGGGACUCCUGGCAGGCCACCGUGCAGCACAUAGCACUCGAGGGCGGCUGCUUUGUCCUCUCUGCCAACCAGUUCUGCGUGCGCUCCGACUACCCGCCGCCCCCCGAUUUCGUCUUUUCCGCGUCCGGGCGGCUGGAUGCAGACGGGUGUGCCGGGGCGGCAGUGUGA